UCCUCCAACUUCCGGUUAGAAACCGCUAUCUGUCAGAAAAAAAAAAUCCAGAGCUGGAAUCCGCUACUCGGACGCUUUAACGGAGACCGCUGCUGCUGGAAAGUCGUUUUCGGGGUUUGAAGCCUCUCAGGACACACAGAGAGAACAUGCCCGGGUGGAGGUAACCGUCCCGGGACUGUCAGCCUGCUGAAGGACGGAGCAGGACGGAGAGACGCAGAUGGAGAGGCCGGGCAGGCUGCUGCUGCUGUCCGAGCUCCGCGUCAGAAACACCGCGUACGACGUGAGCCUGAGCCGGUCCCUGCUCACCUGGAAAAGACGGAUUUCCAGCCCGGUGUACCACCCAUUUAGACCCAGGUUUUGUGUUCCUUCGUUCCCUCGUCGACCAGACUCAGGUGUAUGUCACAGUGUGUCAGUGUCAGAGAUCAUCUCUGUGAGAGAGGAAGAGGAGGAGGAGAACAGCAGCAGACGAAGAGACGAUGGCAGCUGGAAAAAGAUCAAAGAGAGAGAAGGGAAGGACUGCAGGCAGGCCUUCACAGUGUUGUAUGUGGAGAGGUGUCGGCAGCACCGCUGGCGGUGUGCUGAGGUCACAUUCACGUGUCCAGAGGAGGCGCUGUAUCAGCGCUGGGUCAGCAGCAUCAGAGAGCAGCUCGCCUCUAUCACCAGCAGACCCAAACACCUGCUGGUCUACAUCAAUCCGUACGGCGGGAAGCGUCAGGGCAAACACAUCUACGAGCAGAAGGUCGCACCGCUGUUUGCCCAGGCAGGCGUCUCCACGCAUGUCAUCGUGACGGAGUACGCCAAUUAUGCUAGGGAUCACCUGAGAACGGAGGCGGAGCUGAAGAAGUUUGAUGGGGUGGUGUGUGUCGGAGGGGACGGCAUGUUCAGUGAGAUCAUCCAUGGGCUGAUCUGGAGGACACAGAUCGAUGGCAGCGUAGAUCCAAACUGUCCGGAUCAAACUCUCCUUCCCAGCUCACUUCGCAUUGGAAUCAUACCUGCAGGUUCAACAGAUUGUAUCUGCUUUGCCACUGUGGGCACCAACGACCCAGUGACCUCUGCACUGCACAUCAUCGUGGGAGACUCGCAGCCAAUGGAUGUGUGCUCGGUUCACCACAACAACACCUUCCUGCGAUACUCUGUUUCCCUACUUGGAUACGGUUUCUACGGCGAUGUGCUAACUGACAGUGAGAGGAAGAGAUGGAUGGGACCAGCCAGAUACGACCUCUCAGGUGUGAAGAUGUUCCUGACUCAUCAUUACUAUGAAGGAACAGUGUCCUACCUGCCGGCCAGAGGCAUCGUAGGAACGCCACGUGACACCGCCAAGUGUCGAUCUGGCUGUGUGGUUUGUCAGCACAACGGGCAGCUACUUUCAAAGAGAGCUGAGAAUUACACAAUGGAUGAAGACAGCGAGAGUGAUGGCGAGUGGAGGACAAUCCGAGGGAAGUUCUUGGCUAUAAACGCUGCCAGUAUGAGCUGUGCUUGUCCUCGCAGCCCCAAAGGCCUCUCACCUGCUGCUCACCUGGCCGACGGCACCACCGACCUCAUCCUGGUCCGAAAAUGUUCCCGCUUCGACUUCCUCAGACACCUCCUCCGACACACCAGCAAAGAUGACCAGUUUGACCUGACCUUCGUUGAGGUCCACCGGGUGCGGCGUUUCCGCUUCACACCACGUUACUGCCAGACCGACUCAGACCUGGAGCUGGACCUGCGAGAGAAUGGCAAACGCCAGAUCUUCAGCCAGAUAUGCCGAGACCAUCCGGCUUGCGGCUGUGCCCCCGCCUACAGCAGCUGGAACUGCGACGGCGAGAUUCUGACCCACACGGCCAUCGACGUCCGCGUGCACUGCCAGUUGAUCAAGCUGUUUGCACGAGGGAUCGAAGAACCGACGGUGUUCGAGGAUCUCACCAACCCCUGUGCAAUAUAGACCCACGCCCCCAUUAUUCCCUGUCAGACACUGGAGUCGUCACUGUGUCUUCAGCCUCUGCCUACAUCACUUCUGCUGCUGCCAUCAUGGGACACAUCGUUCAGCAGUACGGCGAAAAACCAAGAAAUUGUUUCCUCACAGACAGGAUGUGAUGUGUAGUUUAACUAAAAUGCCGUGAAUACCUUUAAAUCUAUUCUUUGGAAACUAUUAGGAUAUAAUCAGGAAAAUAUUGACCCAGAGAGUAAAGCUUCACCCUCACAUUUGUUGAGGUUGUUGUUUUGAUGCGAACAGAUGAAUGGUUGCCGGGUGUCUGGCACCUGAUUUAUUUUUAAUAUUGAACAGUUCUGAAAGUGCCGUUUGAUAAUAUUUUCCCCCAUAAUCCAGAGACCAUGACUCCAUGAUGUUACCUUGAGGUUACAAAUGUUGCCUGUUAGAGUAACAAAAUGUGUAAAAAGCUGCUGUAGGUGGAAAACGCAAGAUGGACUAUUGUCCGAAAAGCUUGUUGUGUCUCGGUCUUGUAGGUGCCUGAGAUUGGAUUUGUUUUGGUCUGGUGGGGGAUUUUAUUAAACAGAAGAGGCAGAAGCAGACAGGAGGAGAAAGAGGGGUAUGACAUGCAACAAAGGCUGGAAUUAAACCGGCUACAUUCUUACUUGUUACAGACUUCAGAUGUUUUCUUACUAGACUGAAGAGGUCAGCUGUUCUCUAUUAUCUUGGACUCUCAACUGUAGUCCUGGUGCAGAUAAGAACAGACUGAGAGUUUUUGUAUUUAUUCAGCUUAUAAGUAGAUUGGAGAUUGUUACAUAAAUUAUAGCUUAUUUGCACUUUUUAAAUAGUUGUAAUUAUUUUGAAUAAUCAAAACUUAUCUUGGAUUUUGAAUGGUCUGUUACAUGUUUUAAGGAUGCCAGACACCUGCCAGCCAUUCCUACAGUCAUGUGAUCAUUAGGGAUCAGGGAUGGAUUCUCAUUCACAUGAGUAGAAAGUAAAUCCGCUGCACAUGUUCAGUACAGAAAAUAAUGCUGACAGGAGAUUUAUUUUCCACUAUUGAAGCAUCCCAAUUAUUCAGCUGCAAGAAGGUUUCUGUUACAUUAUGCUUCUCAAACAGGUCCAUUAGAAUAAACUCCAGUACUCCAUGUUUCUCACGUGUCUCAGGAAGAUCUGAGCUCACUUGUAACUAUGAAAUUGUAUUUUUACAUAUUUCAAUUCCCAGCAAUUUAGGAAAAAAUCUUACAUUUUAAUUCUAGUGAAGAAAAUCUUGUGCCAGUCAAGCUGGUCGUGGCUGAGCAAGCUGAGCAGCGCACACAUGAAUGUUUUCAUCUUUCAAUCUUCCAUUUCCGCUUGUUAUGCAAAUGAGGUCAGCUGGAGUAAACACAGAAUACAAAUCUGAUCAAGUGCUAAAGAGAACGAGAAGUACUGCUUUAACACCAGUGUUUUAAACAGCAGAUAUUCUGACUUCUCAAUGAGUUGAAGGCAUAGCUGUAACUUUAAAUUACAUACAAGAUUAAAAUAAGAUUCACAUACAACAAAAGACCAAACCAAUACUGAAGCAGUGGUGCCCAAGCUGGGGGGUCAGGAAACUGUUUUGUCCAGACAACUAUUUGAUUGAUUGAAAUAAAAGUUAAUAUUAACAUCCACUUUCCUCUUAUUACAAAUUGUAAUAACUGAUCAUCCUCUUUUCAUGUAGUGCCACCAUCAAGUCAAAUGUUAAUUUGAAUUGGUCCAAUACUUUGGUUUGAGACCAAAUACCAUUCCUGUCCUCCUCGGCUGUAGCAUGUUAACACACUAAACUAAGGUGGUGAACAUCUAAUGGCUAAACAUUAGCAUGUUUUGUCAUUGUUACCGUUGAGCUCAAAGCACCACUGUGUCUAAGUAUAGCUUCACAGAAGUUUAUGUCGUAAUAAUUAAAAUAAAACAAUCUGGACUGGAAUCUAGACAUAUGCAAGCUGUGACGAGGGCUCAUAAGUAGACAUAGCUUUGUUUUUAGAGGUCACAGUUCAAAAAGGUUGGAAUGGCUGCAAUAAAGGGUAUGGACGGGCCUCUCCGAGUACACAGUUUUUAAAUGUUUAACCACAGAUAGAAACAUUUUUGUGUAUAAAUGAAUCAGUCUCACUGUGAAGGAUCAUUUAACUUGCUAGUUACAAAACUCGGUUUGGACUUUUAUUGUGUUGUAUGGAAGGUUCACAUUAUUGAUUUGAACUUGUGACGGAAGCUGCACUGUAAUGUCCAGUGUUGAUAUUCAACCACCAGCAUGUUCAGUGUAGAGUCUUUUUCAUUUUUGAAUCUUUGUAGGUAAGUUCACAGUGGACGGCUCUGAGCAUGUCGUAGCCUGAUGUUAAUUGUCUCUGUAGCAGCUGCUUUUUGGUGUCCACAAAAUACAAUCUACAUGUAGCAGCACCAUUAAUGUUAUUUUUCCAUAUUCUUUAAUAAUAUGAUUCAUAGCAAAGUUGCAUUUACUUCACUAAGCCUCAGGAUGGCAAUGUCCAUCAGUUCUGUCCACAUAUCUGUUUAAAUUAUCAUAAAAUGGCCUGAUCUCAAGAGGAUGAACCCUUUAGACUGUAAUUAUCCAUUGACCUUACAUCUAGCGCCAUCCUCAGGACAAACUGUACAGUUUUGCUCCACUACCGGUAUGGCACUAAGGAUCUCAAACUCAUCAAAACAUUGCAGCUUCCAAAUAGAUUUGAAUGAAUAUGAUUGUCUCCAUUUAAUCCACCUGAAACUCUGUCAGUGUUUUGGAAAAUAAUUUGAACUGACCUUGAGAUGAACCGGACAGGAAGUUGAGUAUCAGCACUGGACUGUCACAGUGUAGAUUCUGUUUGUUUGUUGUCCAGCAGUCCUGUUUCCUCUCUGCUAAUGUUAACACAAACUGACAGAGGAGGGAACCAGUAGCCGCUCACGGUGCUCUAAAACAUCAGCUUUCAGCUUUCUUCUGAGCUCAAUCUGACCAAAUACCAGCCGGGGUUUAAUGAUGUAGCUGUCUGUAUGUGACAGUUUGAGCUUCGCCUAGAGGUCUUCAGAGGUCCAAAAUCUUGGAUACCUUACAGACCUGAUUAGACUGACAGUAAUGUGAACCCGGCCCUACUUGGGUCUCAGGUCAAACCUCAGUUAGUAGGAACCUAGUGGACCUGUGAAGAUCUUUAGCUCAGCUGUCUGUCUUAUGUUGAUUUAUCUGUCACUGUUGUAUUGAUGUACAAUCAGAGUCUGAAUGUUUGCUGUAAAACCCCCGAACAGUACCAACCAAAUGUGUUAAAUGCGCACACACAGAGGUCGACUGAUGACAGAUGACUAAAGUGGAGUUUAGGAGAGGGUACAAAUUUACAUUUAGCGAGCUGUUACUAUUAAUUAAACCAGAAACUAGCUGAUUCAUUUGCAUGUUUUCAUGAAAUAGACAUUGCUGGAAGCUUUGUGACGUAGUAAAUACUUGGCCAGCUAUGGUAGCUGGUGAGCUGACCGCUAACAUGCUAUUUAGCCAAGAACAUGCUGGUCCUAGCCAGCCAUAAUAGCCCACAUAGCUAGCUCAGUUGCUAACAUGCAGUAGCUAACCUGUCCAACCAGCAAAGUUAGCUGGUUUUCUACUAGCUAAUGUCGCUUUCAUAAAUCGUACAGACUGAAAACUCCUGGUCACACCAGAAAGAGGCACACUGGCCGUAGGACUGUACAUCAUUUUAUUCAACAAAGAGUUGACAAACUCUGCAUUCAGCAAUGGGACGAUGAACUCACACAUUUGUACCAUCGACUCUAGUCUCCUAAUUGUCUAUAAACCGUAUCUGUUGUGGAACAGUUUAUACUGUGACAGCGGAAGUUUAAUAAAACUGGUUGGGGACACACAGCCAACAAGCUAAGCUAAGUCAGCACAUGACGUAUUUUAGCAUGGCCUACCCAGAAGUGGGAAAUUAACUGGCAUAUUUUGUGUCAUACAACAAAAGGUGAAAACCUUAUUUCAAGCAUUUGUCAAUGGUCGACACUGUCAAGACGGUUUGAAUGUGAUCAUCAGCACGGCUCUGCAUGUCAAAGUUAAGAGUCUAUGCAAAGGCUUCUCACAAAUUAAUUUAACUCCCAAUAGCGAAUCCACUAAUUGCAGAUAUAACUAUAAUUGACAUUAAAUGUUGCUGAUAUAAAUGCUGUGACUGGGACCAAGCGCGAUUGUAACAGGUAGAAUUACAGAUAUAACCAAGUCAUCUCUAGUGUCGUGUUAGGUAUUUCACAAACAACAUGUAGAACAUGAAGAAUUAAGGACUAGUACUGCAAAUAAUGAUUAGUCUUAAUUGUCUUUCUGAUUAGUUAUCGCUACAAUUUCAAAAUAAACAUUAUGUCCAAAGUGAUUUUUCAUUUCUUUCUUAAUUUUUUUAAUUCAAAAAAGACAUCUAGCUCUGUGAAGCAUUAGUUUCUCCCAAUUUAAACCUCUCCAGCUAAUAGGGAGUAUUUUCAACACUGUAGUUUAAUCUGACGCUGGAAACUAAUUUGAGCUAGUGAAUCAGUCGACCUCUAGUUGUAAUCUGAGCUGUAACUGAUCUUUACCUUUUGCUGUAGCUGUUUCAUUAUCAGGAAUUAAAAAUGUAUUCAAC